AUGAGUUCUGUCAUGGAUUUCCUUUCCACUCCCAUAGCAAUAAGUUUGACAGUAAUUUUAGCUCUACUUGUGAUCAGAUCCCAUACUAGAAGAUUGGGUACUGAGAACAAAAAGAGAUACCAUCCUGUAGGCGCAACCGUCUUAAGCUGCUUGAUCAACUUCUCUAGGCUACACGAUUACAUGACUGAGUUAGCAUUCAAAAACAAAACUUAUCGGGUGCUUAACUUGUUCCAAAAUUAUGUUUUCACCACAGAUCCUGCAAAUGUGGAAUACUUCCUCAAAACCAACUUUGCAAACUAUGGCAGGGGGUUGUACCUCUACACCAUUAUGUCAGAUUGUCUGGGUGAUGGGAUCUUCGCCGUGGAUGGCGAAAAAUGGGUACAUCAAAGGAAGGUAGCAAGCAAUGAAUUACUCAUCACGGGAAUGAGAGACUUCAGCGGUGCAGUUUUCAAAACCAAUGGUGUGAAACUUGCUCGGAUAAUUUCUGAAGCUGCAACCUCCGGCCAAGCGAUAGAGAUCCAAGAUUUGUUUAUGAAAGCAGCCUUAGAUUCAAUCGUCAAGGUUCUCCUUGGUAUCGAAGUAGACACCAUGUAUGGGACAAAUAAAGAAGCUAUCCGGUUUUCCAAUGCUUUUGAUGUAGUAAAUGAGAUGACCUUGUAUCGUUGCGUUGAUUUCUCCUGGAAGAUUAAAAAGUUGUUAAACAUUGGAUCAGAAGCCAUGCUAAGGAAGAGUUUAAAAGUGGCAGAUGAGUUUGUUUAUAACUUAAUCAAAAGCAAGACUGAAACAGUUGCAAAUUCAGGAGAUGAUCUACAUUUGAAGAGAAGAGACAUUCUUUCGAGGCUUUUGGAAUCAGGACAGACUGAUCCAAAGUACCUCAGAGACAUUAUCUUCAGUCUGUUUGUUGCCGGAAAAGACACAGCGGCUAGCACUCUUACAUGGUUUAUUUAUAUGGUCUGCAAGCAUCCUGAUAUACAAGAAAAGAUUGCACAGGAAGUUAGAGAAGCAACAAAUGUGAAAUAUAAUUCAAGCAUUGCUGAGCUUGCAGACAACCUUACUGAAGAAACCCUUAGCAAAAUGCAAUAUCUGGUUGCAGCUUUGACUGAGACAAGCAGGCUCUACCCUGCAGUUCCAUUGAAUGCGAAGGUUUGUUCAUCUGAUGAUACUUGGCCAGAUGGAUUUAGUGUCAAAAAAGGGGAUAUUGUGGGAUACCACGCUUAUAGCAUGGGCAGGAUGAAAUAUAUAUGGGGUGAUGAUGCAGAAGAAUUUCAGCCAGAGAGAUGGCUCGACGAAAAUGGCCUUGUCCAGCAAGAAAGCUCUUUCAAACUCAUCGCCUUCAGUGCGGGUCCAAGGAUUUGUGUGGGGAAGGAGUUUGCUUAUAGGCAGAUGAUGAUCUUCUCUGCUGUGCUUCUAGGCAGCUACAUAUUGAAGCUUAGGGAUGAGAACAAAGUGGCCAACUACAGGACCAAGUUUACCCACCAUAUUGAUGGGGGCCUUUACGUGCAAGCCUCUCCAAGAUUUGCGAAUGCAAGCCCUUAA